GGAGAAGUCCGGCGAGUGAGCGAGGCUGCCGCAGACGGAGAGAGGAUACCCACCCGCACACCCACCUGUCGGACGGCAGCCAGCUGAGUUUUUUUUUUAUCUUCACUUGUUUUUAUUUAUCCAUUUGUUUCCCCCCUCCCGACACUCUCAAAGAGCGCAAGCAUGACGGACACACUUUUACCAAACGGCAUCAAAGACGGCGGAGGAGACGGCAGCUAUUUCGGAAAGGGAUGUAACCCGUUCGCCCAGACCGGACGAAGCAAACUGCAGAACAAGCGAGCCAGUCUGAACCAGCAGAUCAUCAAAGAGAUGAGGAUGCGGGCUGGAGCUGAGAACCUGCUGAAGGCCACGUCUAACAACAAGGUUAAAGAGAUGGUUGUGUUGGAGUUGAGUUAUGUUAACGCCAACCUGCAGCUGCUGAUGGGACAGCUGGAAGGACUGAACAGCUCAGUGGAGGUCUACCAGAACACCCAGGAAACUGCCAACAUCCCCCUCAUCGCUCUGGGUCUGAAGGAGACCAAAGAAAUCGACUUCUCCACCCCCUUCAAGGACUUCAUCUUGGAGCACUACAGUGAAGACGGCAACAGUUUCGAAGACGAGAUCGCUGACUUAGUAGACCUGCGACAGGCUUGCAGAACGCCAAGUCGAAACGAUGCGGGAGUGGAUCUGUUUGCAAAAUACUACAGCCACCUCCCUCUGAUGGAGACCAGAUUCUUCGCCCCAAAUCGCCAGACUGGCAUCUUCUUCACCUGGUACGACUCCUUCACAGGUGUACCAGUGUGCCAACAGAACCUGUCACUGGAGAAGGCCAGCAUCCUCUUCAACAUGGCCGCCCUCUACUCUCAGAUCGGUACCCGCAGUGACCGACAGACGAUAGCUGGCCUGGAGGAGGCCAUCUCUUCCUUCCAGAAAGCUGCAGGUAUCCUGAACCACCUGAAGGAGACAUUCACCCACACCCCCAGCUACGACAUGAGUCCGGCAAUGCUCAGUAUGUUGAUCCGGAUGAUGCUCGCUCAGGCUCAGGAGUGUCUGUUUGAGAAGACGGCGUUGCCUGGGAUUCGAAACCAGUUCUACUCCCUGAUGAAAAUGGCCCAGGAGGCUGCAAAAGUCUCUGAAACCUACGACCAAGUCCACCAGUCCAUGAUCCAGACGCCGAUCAAAGACAACGUCCCGUUCUUCUGGUCCACCAUGUCGCAAGUCAAAACCAACCACUACCGCUCCAUGGCACAUUACUUUGUAGCCUCGGCUCUGCUCGACCACCAGUUGAGUCCCAGUGAUGACGAGGACCAGCAGGAGAAGACCUUGUCGCAGGUCUAUGAUAGCCUUCCUGAGGGACGCUCUCCCCUGGACAUCCUGAAGAACAAAGAGGAGCGUGAGCGCAUUGGUAAAGCGCACAUUCGGCGGGCCAUCCUGGGUCACGAGGAGGCGCUGAGGAUUUACAGUCUGUGCCACCACUUGAACAAGCUGGAGAUCCUGGAGGGCAUUUUAAAAGCCAGUCUCCAGCGCUCACUCAACAAGUGCAGUGAAAGCGACAACGAGGAGGAGUUCACCGACUACACGGAGGCGCCCGACAUCAUCUCUAAGACAGAGCACAAAGCAGAGAUGGAGGUUCCCGCAACCACAAAGGUGAAGGUCACCGACUUUUUCCAGAGGCUGGGCCCUCUGUCCGUCUUCUCAGCCAAGCAGCGAUGGACGGCCCCGCGGACAAUACGACUCCGCCCAGAGGACCGAGACCUGGGUUUCACCCUGAAGGGAGAAUCACCGGUCCAGGUGGUUUCAUUGGACCCGCUCUGCCCAGCUGCUGCUGACGGGCUGAAAGAAGGCGACUACAUCAUUGCCGUGGGCGACAUAGACUGCAAAUGGUUCUGUGUGAGCGACGUGAUGCGGCUGCUGAAGGACGUGAACGAGGAAGGGAUCGACAUACAGGUGGUCAGCAUGAUGGACAGCAAUCCUCCCAUGCCUACGAAGAGCGCCACCUUCUGCGGAAACCUGCCCAAAACCUACUCCAUGAUCUGCUUGGCCUAUGACGACGACGACAAGAGCCCCAAAUCCCGCAAGGUCUCCAAAAAGUCCUCCUUCCUCAGCUGGGGCCUGAAGAACAGGUUGAAGAGCGCCAGCACCCUCAGCCUUCCCACGUCCGACCACUCCGGCACGCUGCCCUGGAAUAAACACUGCCCCACCUUCCCCAGCUCCAGCUCCUACAACAACGACAGCGUCCUGUACUGAGCCGCCUGCAGGCCUGUUAUUGUCUGCGAGCACCGUGUAGUACGCGUAUUGAGCCAAGCGUGGCUGCACACAGUGCUGUGCUGUACCCACACCGGCCCCGCUAUGGUAGUCUCCGUGUCCUGUGGUGUAUCCACUGGAAUACUGAGCAGUAGUGUACAGAGCUCGCAUGUCAUCAAUGUGACAUCACUGCAGGCCACCUUGGAAAGUGGCUGUGCCAAAUACUGUAUACGGGCGCCCGUGUCAGUACACGGGUGCUGGACUUUACACCAAACAUCAUGGGAAAAUCCUUCUGUACCAUGCCAGUCUGUGUACAGCACAGUACAAACUGCACUGUGGGGAAAAACAAACCAGUUAUCAUUCCAGGCUUAUAUCUAUAUAUACACACACACAGCACUUAGACAGGUUUCUAAGUAAAACUGUCAUCUCAGUAUGUUUUCUUGGAAGAAUCGCUCAAGACGAAUUGAAGGAACGAAAACAAAGCAAACACCCAGCGUCAACCUCUACUUGAUUGCAGGUUUUUUUAUUAUUGUGGCUUAAAACGGUCCCUUGUUCACGCCACUGUGUACCGAUGUAGCUGUGCACUGUGCAGUUUUGGUCUGUGUGUAUCCUCAAUACAUGUUUCAUACUGUAUAUACGCAGGAUUUUGGUCAUUUGCCACAAUGUUUGUUGCAAUCAGUGGAUACUGAAUAGUUUUGGGGGUUUGGAAUACAUAUAUUUUCUAAAUAGAUAUGUAGAUGUGACCUUGUUGCAGUAUGUUAAACAGUGAUUGAGGGAAAAAAAAAAUUCGCUGUGGAGUUGUUGUUAUUUUUUUGUGGAGAAUUGAUGAAUGCAAUAUUCUAUAAGCUGCUAAAAGAAAGUACACAUACCUUGAAUCCAUAUUAUUGUCACUUUUCUAUUUGUGAGACGGCCUUAUUGAGGAUUAUGCUUCUGUUGCCUUGGACGUGGAUGUAAAUGGAAAUGUUGUCCUUGUCCCGCUUUGCCCAGUUUUUUCUUUUUUUUACCAUUUCCUGUACCAUCCUGACUCACCUUGUCCACUUGGGGACUUCUCUUUAUCGGUGCUGUUGAUGUCUGGCAUUUUGUCGAGCUGCGCGUCUGUAGUAAUGUGAAACUUCAUGUAGCUAAAGGUUAUUUUACCUCCAGAAGGGAAGAAUGUGGGCAGACACACGACGUCGCUGCAUCGAACUUAAACAGCCGGUCACCCGACAGUGACUCUGAUCAACGCCCGCAGUCAGGUUUCUGCUAUUUGUCUCUCUACUUGUCUUAAUCCCAGUCACAUCCAACAUUCAACUGACACUUUGCAGUGUUGAACUAUCUGUUUAUCUACAAAGUAGAUUCUUAUACACAUUUGAUAAUCAAAUUAUUUAUGUAAUUAAUAAAAAAAACACAAAAAAUUAUAUAUAUUUACCCGUAAGUUGUUGGUUCAGAACUAGUUUGUGAAUGGCCGAGUUGUGAAUUUUUUGCACGUUGGAUUUCUUGGUUGGUUUCUUUGAGGAAUGUAUUUACUAGCCUCGAUUAAUCCUUUUGGUGAACGCGUAUACUGAUACACUUUGUCUUUGUAAAGGUAUUUUCAAAUGUAAAUGUUUGUAGACAGUAACACUGAGGAAAAAAUACACUCUUCUGUCUCUGUUUACCUUUUAGGUUGCCUCAAGUGCCAUUCAUAUGAAAUCAUGAAGGAAGUGUCAUAAUAAGUGUAUAAUAAGAAUGUGCAGUGAACGAUUCAUGUUAGCAAGUGCCAACUAAGUGUGCUGACAGAGGCAGAUGUACCUGUACGCAGUGAUCCUCAACGCCUUAGUGUAUAUGCACAGGGUUAUGGUCCCUGUUCUUCAGAGGUUUCAGGUGGCCUUUGCUUCUAUAUCUGUACUCAGUGCUGCACAGCAACUGUGGUGUAAAUGCUUUGUUGGUAAGUCUUUUGUGUCGUGUGUGUAAACUCAAAUGUCAAUAAAACGGGGACAAAACAA